AACUUCACCAGCGUCGGGAUUAUGAGCAAUGCGGUCUGGCUCGCAUGGCGGAUUCCGUGCUCGGGGCCUCGAGCUUCGAGCAUGCUGCCCACGAUCUUCCGCCCUGCUUGUCGCGAUCUACACAUCACGCCAUGCCGUCAAUACAGCGUAUCGACCCGGCAAGUGAAUCCUCUAAACGCUCACUCUCGAACCGAUCGACCGACUUUAUAUCAGCUUUUUCCUCAGUGCUUCCAGAAUUCUGCUCCAAUUCAGCGAAGAUAUAAACGCACCACAGCCGCGCCUGCGCCAAAAUCAUCAGAUGUCUUGCCGGGCAAUAAGCGUCUUUCCAAUGCGGAGAUCCAAGCUAUCUUUGGCCAGAUCAAGUUCUCUCCAAAGCUGGCUAAUAGAACCAUAGCGAUUUUGCAUGCCCGUCGACUUCAAGGCACUCUGGAUCUAGACCUUCCCGUCGACAUUAGCCGUACCGUUUCCCAGCCACACAUCGACCUUGCUCUAGACUGGCUCCGCGAGAAGUACCCGAUCGAUGAAGAUGCUGCAAUUAUGGAGCGCAUUGAAAGGGAGGAGCGGGAAGUCGAGGAGAAGCUAGUGCGACGCGCUGAACAGCUCGGUCUCUAUAAACCACAGAGCGGAUCCUAUGACGCAGAGCUUGGCGAGAAUAAUUCUAUCUACGGAAAGAGUGUCCUCAAAGAAGCUCGAGAACACAAUGAAAAACGACUUCUUGCGCAGGAAGAGCAGAAGCGCCGUAAGUGGUUGGAAGGCGAGAAUGAAGAGCGGGAACAACUACAGCGCCAGAUUCAAGGAAACACGGCCCUGCAGCAGUACCAGGAGUCGGCCUUGACAGAAGCUCGUCCGCGGGCGGACCCCAGUGAGCGACCCCUUCUGGCCUGGGUCCAGAAGCAUCAUAUUGCUGGGACUCACAAUCAGCCCGAGGCCCUGACCAUCACCACCUCCCAACGUCUUGUUUCCUCUAUCCUCUUCACUAUUAUUACUCUCGGUCUUUGCUAUUUGUUCGCCAAGAACUAUGAGCCUCCAGUGAAGGGCAGUCGUCUUUGGCCCGAUAUUCCUCCGGCCGCCGCAACCAUCGCAGCAAUUAUCGGAACCAACGUGGCGGUCACUUUACUAUGGAAGUACAUCCCACCCUCAUGGAGACUGCUCAAUCGUUACUUUGUCAUCGUGCCAUUCUACCCCAGUGCACUUAGCAUGAUUGGAAGUGUAUUCAGCCACCAGACCUGGAGACAUCUUGCCACGAAUAUGUUUGUGCUAGGUCUUCUUGGAACAAAAGUUCACGAUGAAAUCGGCCGUGGAAACUUCCUGGCAAUCUAUUUCGCGUCUGGCGCCGUUGGCGCUCUGUUUUCAUUAUCUCGCAGCGUCCUAAUCGGAGCUCUCGGCAUGAGCUCUCUUGGCGCCAGUGGCGCCACUGGUGGCAUUGUUGCUGCAUGGUGCAUGUACUACUCUAACCAAAAAAUCACGACAUGGAUCAUUCCGCGUGAAUGGCAAGAGGCCGUCUGGGUGCAGGGCUGGGUCUUCCUGGCAUGUCUAGUCGCUACAGAGGUGUUUGGAAUGUUCACCCCUGCUCGAUUUUUGACGACCUUCCCGUUGUCCCGACUGACUAAGAUGGAUCACGCUGCCCACCUUGGUGGAUACAUCACUGGUGGUGGGUGUGGGUACUAUCUCGCGCAGCAGCGGAGAAAGGCAGAGCGAGAGCGGCGAGCCAGUUCGGGUUUCGCAAGAAGCCUCGGCUUUUAA